GCCGAGGCCGCCGGUCCGCAGCGUCACGACAGUGCCGUAAAUUGAAAAGCGGGGCGGGAAGCGGCGGGGCUCCCAGCUGGCCCCGCGGGCCCGUUGUGUUCCGUUCCUCUCAGGACUCCGCCAGCGCGACCCAGCAGGACCGGGAACGCUGGGCGUGAAACCACCGUAGCGUUCCGUACGGGUUUAACCAGCCCGACUCCGCGCUUCGCGAUAAGCCCGUGAGGCGGCUCUGAGCUCAGCCCCUUCCGGACCGCUCCACCUCCGCUGCCGCCCCAGGAGCUUGGGGGACCCCAGAGUUGAGGGGGCCUCGUUGGCCGCCACCCCCGGCCUCGCGCUUUUCGCCCGGCGGCGGCGGCGGCGCUCAGGAGCCGCUCUAGGCAGCGAGGCGACGCGCACUCUAUGGCCGCGCGGGGCCGCUCUAGGCAGCGAGGCGACGCGCACUCUAUGGCCGCGCGGGGCCGCUCUGGGCGCCGGGGCGGUGCGCACUCUAUGGCCGCGCGGGGCCGCUCUGGGUGUCGGGGCGGAGCGCGCUCUAUGACCGUGCGGGGCCGCUCGCUCAGUGCGGUGCGGCCGCGGGCCGGGUGGGAGCGGAGAUGGAGAAACCGCGGCGGGCGGUGGUGGUGACGGGGUUUGGUCCCUUUGGAGAGCACGCCGUCAACGCCAGUUGGAUUGCAGUGCAGGAGCUGGAGAAGCUCGGGCUGCGAGAUGGCGUGGAUCUGCAUGUCUAUGAAGUCCCGGUGGAAUAUCAGACAGUGCAGAGACUCAUCCCUGCAUUGUGGAAAAAGCACAGUCCACAAUUGGUGGUGCAUGUAGGUGUGUCGGGUAUGGCUACCACUGUCACUCUGGAGAAGUGUGGCCAUAAUGUGGGUUAUAAGGGCUUAGACAACUGCCGUUUCUGCCCAGGCUCUCAGUGCUGCGUCGAAGGCGGCCCAGAGUGCAUCGAUUCCAUCAUUGACAUGGACGUGGUUUGCAGGAGGGUCUCAGCACUGGGGCUGGAUGUCACCGUCACCAUCUCUAAGGAUGCUGGCAGGUACCUGUGUGACUUCACUUACUACACUUCCUUAUACCAGAGCUGUGGGAGGUCAGCUUUUGUUCAUGUGCCUCCCCUGGGAAAGCCGUACAGCGCGGAGCAGCUGGGCAGGGCACUGCAGGCCAUCAUCGAGGAAAUGCUCGACGUUUUGGAGCAUUCUGAAGACAAAAUCAAUUGUCAGCACGAACACUGAAAGCAGGCAGGAGCUGUCCUGGUAUUGCACUUCCUAAAGUUCCCCCCUGCUGCUGAAGUAUGGGAGGAGUGCUCUGUCUGAGAUGUGCAGAACGAGAAUUGGAGACUUCAAAAAUGAAAAACCCCACGUCCAGAAAUUGACUUUUUUUUUUCUCUCUCUUUUUUUUUUUUUUUUUUUUUUUUUUAUUUCAAUGAAGAAAUCGAGAUCCCUUCUUUAACACAACACCUGCAGCUGCUCAUUCCUGGAGCAUCCGUGCUGUGCUUUACCCAGAGCUCAUCUGCUGGCCAAGUGAUGGCUGCUGGGCCAUCCCACCCUGCUCAGAUGAUGGGAAGCUCCUUGGCCAGGCUCAGUGUUUGGGUGCAGGGAAUCGAUGACCCCGUCUUCUAAUGACUGCUUGUUGAGUUGGAAGGUUUGCUUUCCUUCUGUCUCGUUUUGUUUCUCCUCGUUGGCCCGAAUUGUAGGUCCUAAUGUGAAAGCAUAACUGAAAUGAAUUGGGAGUUUGUUGUAAGAAAACAACAAAACUGCUGGGGACGAGGAGCUCAGAAACUGCUUUUGAAUUGACAAAGGUUACGUUUGCUGCCUUCUGCAUCGGGGCCCGGCUGCUGUGGCUGCAGGUGGAAGGGCUGCGUGCUGGGUUGCAGAGCAGGUCACCUUUUGUACAUGGAACGAUCUGAGCUCGCACCAAAUCCUUCCAGACGUCCUCAUGUUGGGUCAGGGCUGCCGAGUGUGUGCUCAGCACGUCGCUGUGCUGAGGAGCUCUGCUAAAGGCCACUUUCUCCACAGGAGAUCUUUAUCACGGUCUCUUGGUGCUGGCUGUUAUUUUUAAGGCGAAGGCUGAGUAAUUUAUAACUUCCUUCGCUCUGAACUUUUGUUCUCGUUAAAGGUUGGCUGGAGAGUAAUGUUUAACUUCGGUGCCAGGGGGUGCUGCCAAAGGGCAUCUCACACCUCAGAGCUGCUCUCGGAGCCCACAGACAGCUGCUGGCUGUUUGUAUAUAAAAACACAGAGAGAAUAAUCUUUCAGAAAGGUUUUAGAACAUCAUUCCUUCUGUUUUCCUGAUGAUGAAUGGCUCUGCUGCACUGAGAGCUGCUGGCCGUGAGGAUGGGCAUCGGAUCCCACUGGGUGCAGAGAAUCAUAGAAUGGUUUGGGUUGGAAGGGACCUCAAGGAUCAUGAAGCUCCAACCCCCUGCUGCAUGCAGGGCUGCCAGCCUCCACAUUUAAUACUGUGCCAGGCUGCCCAGGGCUCCAUCCAACCUGGCCUUUGGGAUGCUUUCCUGCCCGAGUUUGCCUUCCAAGCGAAUGCUCUCCUUGGCACUGGGGCACCACGCAGUGCCCGUCAGCUCAUGGCAGGCUUUCAGAUCUGUAAUUUAUUCUAUUUAAUAUUUAGUUGAAGUGUUGGUGGCUCGGGGCAGCUCCCAGAUAGUUGAGCUCUUAUCUCCGUGUAGCUCCGCUGUGUUUGGGAGGAGCUGCUGGUCUGGCGUAGCUGCUGAGCGAUGGAAGGGGGAAGGUGCUGCGUUGGGUCUUUGAGGCAGAGCUCCUGUGCUGACAGUCCCUUAGAAAACGUAAUUUAUUUUAUAAUCUUUUGGGCUUCUUGGUGAUUUUUGGAUGGUUAGUCCUCAGAGGGUCGGGGCGGUAGCGGCGUUUCGGGUAGCGAAACCUUUUAAAGAUGGCUGAGUUAAGCUGAGUUUGUUUAAUCUGACCUAAAUUAAACGCUUUUGCUUUGUUUUUAAAGCUUUCUGUUGGUGGUGGUGGUGGUAAAUGAGUUGAUUCUGAACGCUUCUCUGCCGUAGGAAUUUGUGGGUGAUCCCUGGGGGUCUCUGCAGCUCGGGGUCCUGUGGUUCAGAGCGAUGCGGGGCUGCUGAGUGUCUGCUUUAUCUCCCCGGUGUCGGCGAAUAGGAUUUGCUGAUUUGCACUGAUGGAGCCCCACUGCUGGCUGCAGAUGAGGUCACAAAGGAGCGUGGGUCGUUCAGGUUUAGCGUUCGUGACGGUGCCUGCGGUUGGUGAUGUUUCAAGGCUGUGUUUCAGGAUCAGAAUCGUCUCUGGUGGCGCACUGAGAAGUGGGGUGAGGGCGUUUUGCGUGGGAGAGAGAAGGAGGGGGGUUCCUAUGUGGGCUCUGGUGCCACACAUUGAGGUGCUGGUGGAUGGAGCGGGGCUGGCUGUGGUGCUGGGGGGGGGUUGUUGGUGUCAGGGUGAUGGUUUUGGUUGUUAAAUGCUGCAGAAGGCGUUGAGGAGCUCCUGGUACCCGAGAACUCCUUCAUCCUUUGGGGGGCUGUGAUGUGGGGAGGUGUUACCUUUGGGUUAAGCACGACCAUCCGUUGUACGAAACUGCAAAAAGGAAACAAUCCCGUGAGCUUCAAAGCUCCUUUCCCUGCAGGAUGCUCGGCGGUGUGGCUGAAGGCACGGCCCAAAGCUGCUGGCAUCUCUGCAUCACCGCCGUGUCAAAGCCCAGGGCUGGCAGAAGCAGUUCUCGCUGAUUUGGAGCUCUUCCCAACCCGGCUGUGUCCGGAGCGCAGCAGCAAUGGGGAGGGACAGAAGCGUGGAGGGAUGGUGGGAGGUGUUCUGUGGUUGUGGUUUGGGGCUGAGGGUGAAGGCUGAGAGCUGUGAGAAGAGCUCAGAGCGGAUUCAAACCGAGCACCGUCUCCGUGCAGGAGCAGAAGGGGGUCUGCAGUGGGGGGGAGGUGCUUUGCUUCGUGUUUACUGACCUCAGCAGCGUGCUCAGGUGUAGCAUUUGGAGUCUCAGCACCGUGCAGGCAAUGCUGAACCUUCCAGUGCCUCAGUCCUCCAGCACAGGGUGCUGUGCUGCUGUGUCCUGGUGUCCCAUGGCUCUGGAUUGGGCAGCAGGUGGCUCUUUGCAGCAGCAGCCCCGGUGCUUUGUGCUAUAAGUGCACUUACAGGUCGUGUCCGUGUCUGGUCGCUGUCUGACGUGGCCCCAGUGGUGUUCUGCCAAACCUCCAACAAAGCUGAGGAUGCUGUCAGUUCACUGAGCGAGCAGAAACCCGAGAGCUGCUCUGUCCCAUCUAUUUUAAGGCGAAGUAGAGAAGCAAACACCUAGAUAGGAAUUAAUGCUAGGGAGUGAAUCUGUGCGCUGCCCUUAAAUCCAACUCCGUGCUACUUAACCACACGUUCAGGUUUUACAUUGCACCAGCUUCUUACAUUGCAAAUGUUUACUCUGAUGAACAGGGAGUGCCUUGUCCUGCGCUGGGCUCUGGGGAGCAGAGCGGAGCGUUGGGGGCUGAGGGUCCCUCUGCAGGGGGUGGGGGGCUCUGAGCUCCUUCACCCCUUGUGCUCUCCAGGAGCUGCACUGCAUUGGGGGUUUCCUGGAACACACUGGGAUGUGACAAAGGGAAAAGGGAAGGGGGGGGGCUCUCAUUGCUUGGGGAGAGCAAACCCUUUGGGGUUCUGUCUGUUCUGAGGUGCUGUGUGUCCCAGUGCUGCUCUGCCCCCCGUCCUCCUGUUGUUGUGCCGACGUCGCUGCGGUCUGAAUGGAGCUCUCUGGUGUUGCCCAUCUGUGCUCGUAGGACUCCUGGAGCUACAGCUUCAAAUCUGUGGGGGCUUCUGUUCUUCACAGUGUGUUCUUGCAGUGCCUUGUAACCCCUAACAGUCUGUGUGCCACAAAGGGCUGUGUCACAAAGGGCCGCUCGCAUUCCCUCUGCUCACUGUUGCUCCACUGGACUUUGUAACUGAGAACUUAAACCCAUGUUUCAAAGUAAAUAAAGAGUUUAACUCUGCCUCGUGCUGUUCUUGAAUGGUUUUUGGAUUUCUGGAGGUGCCUUUUGGGGGGUGGGAGCAGCCUUUCUGCAGCUCUGUUCUGGGCGGUCCCACGUGGGACUGGAGCAGGGCACAAAGGAAGGAUGGAGCUGCAGUGUGCUGUGUUGGGACACCACAGAAAAUCCCCUUCCCCAUCACGGAGGGGAAGGCACAGCAUCCGCCUGCACUGCUCAUUCUUGUGAGCCUGUGAUUUGGGGGAGCAAACACUGCCCAGUGCUUUGUUUGUGAGCUCAGCAGGGAUCCAUUCUGCUCCUGACUCCAUCAGGCAGGCGGUGAAACCCUGAGAUGGAUGCUGCUGGGGGGCUGCAGCAGUGCCCCCCCAAAAAACACUGCCCCAUGGGGGGCACCGAUGGCCAGCGCUGCCUCUGCUCUGAGCUUUGUGGCAGGAGGGGAUGAGGGAGGGAAUCCUGCUGGCCUUGGGGCGUCUGCCUGCUCCGCGUCGCACGGCUCAGCCUGGGGAUGCGGUGCCAGGUGCUCACGUGCCUGCUGUGCUGAUGCAAUGCUGGGCUGAAGCUGGCUCACGAGGUGCCGGUGAUGUCAUGCAGCGUGUGUUGCAAUCUGAGCUCUCUGCAGGGAGAGGUGGGAGCUGCUGCUGUUGGGCCCCACGCGCCCUGCGUGCAUUCCUUGGCCGUGGUUUUGGGCGGUGCUGGAGGGUCUCGUUGCAGAGCAGCUCUGGGCAGACCCUUCCCCCGGCAUCACCCCUCUGGGAGCCGCUCUGUUCCUCCUCCUCCAUCCUCCUGGCUGAGGUGGGACGUUGGGACGUUGGCCAGCUGGCGCCUUUCCCCAGCUCAGCCACGAACCAGCAGCCUUGGGGACCCCCAGGAGCCCAACACCCCCAGGGGUGUCAGUGGAGCCCAUCCCUCCACCCCGCUGUGGUUUUGGGGCCGCUCCCCAGCUGCCCAGUGGCAAAUCUCAGAGCACUUCUCAUUGCCCAGAGCCCACCCUGGGGGGAGCUUGGGGCGGGGGCUUGCAGCCGCUUCCCUCAGUUCUUUUCUCCUUUGGGUGCUCCUCACCCCACCGAUAGGAGCUCUUAUUGGCCUCUGUUCACACUGUGCCCACAGUGCCCAGACACCACGAGAACUCCCCAAUAUUCCCAUGGCAGCACUGUGCACGGAUGGGGCUCUCACACAGGAAUGGCUUUGAGGAGCUCUGUGCUGCCCUGCUCGUGGGGAUGGGGACGUCCUGCUGCUGAGAGCACCGCUGUGGGGCGGUGAAUGACACCAUCCAGGGUGAGAUUUCCAUUUUUGGCCAUAGGGUUUGAGCAAUUUCCUGUCUUGCACAGACGAGGGGGUCUGGGGGUGGGCUGAGCCGGCAGCCGUGCGUGCCAUCAGGUUGGAGCGUCGCUUCCAAGUGGAGCAGAAGUCUCAUUUUUGGUGAAUGCCGUAAGCGCAGAACAAAGGGAGAGCAGCCAGUCCCACUCCUGCUGCAGCAGCACCAAGGCUGCCUGCGCUCACCUGAUCCUGCCCAUCUAUUUACAGAUAGCCAAAGGUCGGCCGGGUUCUGCUGUGCACAUUCACCAUGACAGCACAGGGAGGACAUGGGACGCUGCACCCUGCGCUGCAGCCGUCGUUUCUGAGCCCUCCGUGCCCAAAUCCAUUCCUCUGAGAGAGCAGAGCUGUGUGCGGUGAUGCUGCCCAGACCUUGAACGACCACUGUUACUGCAGCAUGGCUGGGGCACCGGGUUGGUGCUGAGAGAGGAUGGAGAAGUAGGAGCCUCCUCGGGGUGCUGCAGCACUGCGGGCAGUGUUGGGGAAGUGGUGCUGCCCGGGUUCCCUUCCCCUUCCUCCCGCUGUUGGGUCGCUGCGCAGAGCUGCAGGUGGAUGCGAUGGGUUCCCAUUGGCAGCACGGUGCUGGACCUCAUCCUGCCAGAGAUGUGCAGGGAAGUGACACCUUCCCGUGCUCCGCAGCGCAUGCCCUGAGCUCCAGGCUGUGCUUUGCCCGUGAUAAAGGCAGGAAAUUCCUCCAUGCGACCUCCGACAGAGCGCAGUGCUGAUGGAGGUGGGGGGAUGCUCUGAUCGUGCAGCCUGGCCAGGACACGCCAGAGAAUUUCCCAACAGAUCGUUCAGCAUCCGCAAAUGCUGCUCUGAAAGCACAAAUUUUAUCGCUGUUGCUGGGCUGUAAAAUUUCCGGCUUCACCGCUGGCGCCUUUGGGAGGAAAACAUCCGGCUUUGCAAAAACUUUGAUGCUCCACACGACCCUCCGUGCAUCACAUGUGGAGGGGACUGCAGCACACGGGGCGCCCACAGCUCCGAAAACGCAUUGCCAAAGCAGAACUGUGGGGGACAGAACUCACUGCGUCGUGCUCGAUGGAUGGGAGGUGUGAUGGCUGAUGGGAUGGGACCUUUCCAACCACCUGCACAGCUCAGAUCCUGCACUGUGGAUUGCCAUCCUGCUGGGAGCUGAGCUGCCCAGGGACAGCGUGGCAGCCCCGUGCCUUCAGCAGCUCCAUAGGGCUGCUGCUCACCUCACAAAGCUGCUGCAUGCCUGUCCCUGCUGCAGGGAUGGGGAUGGGGAUGUGGCCGUGCAGAGCCCAGUGGUGGCACACAGGAAUGCUGAGCUGUGCGUGGGAUGCAGCACUCAAGGAACGUUGGCUCUGGCAGCAGUGCUGCCGCAGGAAAUGGCCCAGAGGAACCAAAACUGUGGCAGGCAAAAGCUGCGGGCAGAAAAAGGCAGCACAAAGACAGCUGAGGGGUUCCAUUCAUCCACCUGUCCGUCCAUCCAUCCGUCCAUCCAUCCAUGCAUCCACCCAUCCACUCAUCCACCCAUCCACCCCUCCACCUCUCACCCCAAGCAGCACAGCAGUCACACUGUGCCAACCCCCCGCAUGACGCCGCUCGUGCUGAUGAGCCAAUGCUUUCUCGUGGCCAUGGGUGAAAAUCUUGUUCUCCUUUCUUCACCUCAGGAAACGUCAAGAAUCUGGGUGAAAAAGGCAGAAAUAAUGCUUGCUCCCAGCUGCCGAGAUAAGCAUAAAUCAUGGGCUGGUGGUAAUGUCACAGAGCAGCUGAGGGCUGUGAGCUCGGCAGCGCGGAAUGCAGCUGUGUCACCUCGUGUGCCCCAGCCAGAGGCCACCACACACCAUCCCCACUCGGGGCUCACAUCCCUUCUGCCUGCAGUGUGGGGCAGUGGGGCGGUUGGUCCCAUCGGCCCCAUUACCUGGAGCCCACCUCCACCUCCAGGCUGGGGGUGACCGCCGGGCUCUGCCCCUCAUUGGCCUCUCCAGGUUUGGUCCGUCCUCUUACUGAUGGAAAAAGCUCCGAUGGAGCCCAGCCGUGGGACCUUCCGUCGGUUCUUCUCCACGAGCUCUUGUCGUCACGCAGCUCCGCAUCAGCGCCGCUGGAUCGGAGCCAUCCGCGCCCGGCACCGUCCCAGGAAUGAUGCAAACCCCGAGCGCGGUUACUUCAGUGAGAACCGGACCGGGGCAGCGACGUGCGGCAAAGCCGGGCUGCGGUGUCAUCAGCCGGAGCUCCAUUUGGGGAGUGCCGCUCUUUAAUCGCGGCUCCGAUCCGCUCCGCCCGCUCGUGUUGGCACCCGUCGCGCUUCUCGCUGCCUUCCAGGCG